CCUUUUCUUCCUUCCCAAGCUACUGGUGAAAGCCAGGCCGUAUCAAUCUUGAAAUGGCGUCAACAACAACAUCAACAACAAUACCAGCUACUGAAGUUUUCCCUAGCGUUACCAUGCCCAUCACGGUAGCCUUAACCUGCGUUCUUCUCUUGGUCCUUGUUUGCGGAUUCAUCACUCUCUUCUUCUGGAAAUGUUUUCUGCACCGGUUGUUCUCAGCUUGGACCCGUCAGAGAACACCCUACGGUGACCUGAUCCGCGUCACCACCCCUCCUGAAAACAUAGGCCUCGACCCAUUCAUCAUCAAGUCGUUUCCUGUCUUCCUCUAUUCAUCUUCAACGAUGAAAAACCAAUGUACGGAAUGUGCUAUCUGCCUCUCAGAGUUUUCAGAUGAAGACACCGUUAGGCUCAUAACUGUUUGUCGCCAUGGGUUUCAUUCAAUAUGCAUUGAUCUCUGGUUUGAGUCACACAAGACUUGUCCUGUUUGCCGGUGUGAGCUAGACCCGGGUCUGGUCGGAUCUGGAAGCCAUGAGUCUUUGCAUAGCACAGUUACAAUUACUAUUCAAGACCUGAACCAUGAUCAAGAGAAUCCUCGUAGCGCUAGCUCAAGCAAACGGCUUACGAGGUUCUCGAGGUCGCAUUCUACGGGGCAUUUUAUGGUGAAGAUGACGGAUGUUAAUGUGAAGAUCAAAAGAAGACAAUAUUACCAAACAGGAGACAGUGUCAUGUUAGAGGAGAACGCUCCUAGUACUAGUACUAGUUCAAGUAAAAGGCUUAGGGAAGCGUCGGCUUGGAGAUUCUCGAGGUCACAUUCUACAGGGCAUUUCAUGGGUAAGGCGAUGUAUCUCAAUGAACUUACUCGGUAUGAAGGUGUAGAAUACGGAUGGCUUGGUGAUUCCAUUUUUGUGAUACGUAUAUCUUAGCAAAUAAAUUCCAUUUUGUGUGUGUUCUUUAUAGCAGUAGACAUGAAAACUGUAAUAAGUUCAUUAUACUUUUGUGUGUUCUUUAUAGCAGUAGACAUUUAAAACAGUAAUAAAGAUCUGUAGUUAGAUCUCCCUAAGAAUAAACUGAGAAAAGAUAAGAGUCAUUCCAUGUGUGUUUCUUGAGAAAUAUUGUUGUCCUCUAUUGUGUCACCAUCUUCAGUUUUUGAAUAGAAGUAUUCUUGUGUUCUGUUGUGUUAGCAUCUUCAGUUUCACUGGCACUUAUCAAGCUAGACUUUAGACUGAUGGGUGUUGUCCAAAAAAAAAAGACUGAUGGGUCUGCCCAUUCGCUCCUAUAGGAGUAGGAAGUUGUAGUGGAGAAAAGAAUUAUUUAUCAUCCACCAUGAGACUUUUCUGAAAACAAAGAACAUAGAAGCUUGUUUCAUCAUAGUGAGGAUGGAGAAUCAUAGCUAUGACAGUUCAACACAACGGUACUUUAAAAUGAUUUGAUAUUAACCUAUCCACACUUCAUCAGAGAAGAAUCUAAAGGACUUUGGAACAAGAACACACAAGGUAAGAGACAGAAGAAGAACAUUGAUAGAACAACAAUACAAGAAGAACGAAACAAAAGGAUAUGUUUUAUUUUAUGGACCGGUUUGGUUUUCUACGGGAACCAAUUGUGAACCGGAUCUACCAACUUCGGUUCUGGAAGUUAACUGAUGGCACGAGGAAUUAACCCCAUUUAGUUUGUUUAUGGUAGUUGUACCAAUAUAAUUCCACAUUCUACAGAGGACCCUUCCACAUACUGUAGUCGAAUAAAUAAAAGUCAAAAACAAAAUUAAAAGCUUCCCAUUAACUAUUCAAAUUCUAUUAGAAUCAAGUUUAGUCAAUACAAAAUCUGGUAAUUCCAAUUAACAACAGUAUGAUUUUCGGAUUGAUUCCUAAAGUUGUUCAAAGAAAGUUCAGCCAGACGUCCUCAAUCCCAUUUGCAUGUGUGAUGCAUGUAAUAAACGACGUCGUUUUAGUACCAACUUGUACUACUCACCAACCAAACCAUUUCCUAUUUAUUCUUUUCUUCAUUAAAAAAUAAAAAUCCAAACUCCAGAAAGAUUCUCUCACAAAACUCUCGGAGAAGAAGAAGAAGAAG